UUUUGAUAGAGCUUUUUAUUUUGCAAGGUCAAAAAUGUCUUCCCAAAUGAAAUUGAACAUAUAUUGAGGAUAGUAUAAGCACGAUCCAAAUGUAUUUAUUUCUGACAUCUUAGUUCAAUGUGAUACCGCGCAUAUAGUUGGCGGCGCUGCAUUGAAGGAGCCACAAUCGCUCAUUUCUUUGUUACAAUUGUGAUAUAUUUAUAUUUCUGAAUCGAAAAGAAAAGUGUAAUCUCUUUGUCUAUGUGCAAUAGAACUGAAUAGAACCCAGCCCGAAAUAUGGCCAAAACUAAAACGAUUAGCAAAGGAUGCCCCAAGUGCGAACAGCAGGUACCUGUUGCGUGCAAAGCUUGUCCUUGUGGACAUUCCUUUUUCAAUGCACGGCGCAAUUCUAUCAAAAGUCCACCCAGUCCUGACAGUGGAGUGAUGAAGACAAGAAGAACUAAUCGUAUUAAACGCGAGAAACCAAAUUAUUAUGAUGCUUUGGAAUAUGACAAACAAACGAAAAAAAAUACCAAAAUCAGACAAACCACGGAUACUACAAGUGAUAUCGAUUGUCGCCAGUUGAAUAAAAAAAAGAAGCGGAAAGGAAAGGGAAAGGGCAAGAGUGGCAGUAAUAGCGGCGUGGGCGAUGAUGAUGAUGAAAUGGAUGGGAUCAAUGGAUUAUCUCCAGAGAAACAACUCACUUGUUCUCUCAUAUUGCAAGAACUUAACAACAAGAUGAGAGUGGUAGCUUGGAAGCCUAUGUGAAAUUAAAAAUAGACAUAGAUACAUGCGUAUCUCUUUGACAAAUCCAACAACAUCAGUUCGACAUGAUUGCUUUACUAUGUGCAGUAGUAAGGCGCAAAUAAAAUGAAGGUAAGCGGUGUAAUGCGAGUUCCUACAGCAUCGGAAAUUUACCGAUAUACAUCGAUUUCAGUUUCUAUACAGAUUUAUCUACAAAUAUAACUAACUGCCAUAUAAGAGUUUCCGAUAUAACUCUUGUGGAAUCUAUUUAUAGCAAUCGUUAUACUUACCUAUUUGAAGAUAAAAAUACAUAAAAGUCAUGACAUAAUGUGUAUUUUAUUUACAUAAAUAUUUAGAUUUACAUGUAAAAAAGUAUUUUAUAUUUUAUAUUUUAUUGUCAAUGUUUUAAAUAUUGCAUAAAACUCCAAAAUAUGAAUUUCGUAUACAUUUAUAUUAAGAGCUGAAUUGUGGUAAUAAAGAUUUGUAUAUAUGAUGUAAAUAAUAAAGAUAAACAAAGUAAAAA